AUGUCAGUUUGCCUUGUCGUCGUAGCCGCCGCAAUGGCCGCUGAGCAGAGGGACAAGAGAGGACUGCUGGCCUCAGCUCUUGCCGCCCCCUUGGCAGUUCCGUACGCCGCACCAUACGCCGCAGCUCCAGCCCUCGUCGCUCCUAGGGUAGCCUACGCCGCACCAGCUUACGCCGCUCCCGCCUAUGCUGCCCCAGCCUACGCCGCUCCCGCCUAUGCUGCCCCAGCCCUCGCCGCACCACUUCAUGCUCCUCUCCUCUCCAAGACCAUCGUCUCCCCAUACGCUGCUCACGCCCCACUCGUCUGGUAAAGGAAUCAUCAGAGAAAACUAGAUGUGCUCAUGAAUAUGAUACAUAUUUUACCAUUUGUUAAUAUUUAUUAUAAACAAUAAAUUUGUAAACUAAAUCAUUUUACUUAUUUACCUCGGUUAUCAUACAUAAUUUAUUAACUAUU